UCAUUCAAUCAUUCAUUCGUGAUUCCAGCUCCACCAUGAAAUACCUGAUCGUACUCUCCCUCGCCCUCGUCGCCGUGGCGUCGGCCGACUACCUGAAGCCCUCGGCCCUCCCCGUCCACGUGCAGGAGCUCGAGGAGGUGAUCGCCGCCAUCAACAGCCCCAGCACUGACCCCGCCACCGCCGCCGCCCUGGAGCAGCUGCUCCUGCAGACCCUCGGCAUCUCAUCUCUCCCCGAGUCUCCCAUCUCCGUCGGCCCCGCCAUCGUUGAGGAGACUCCCGUUGCCGUGCAGCCCGAGUCCCCCGCUGUAGUGCCUGCUCCCAUCGUCGACGCCACCCCCGCUGACGUUGCUGACGUCACCCCCGCCGACGUCGCCGCCGCCACCCCCCUGGUCCAGAUCAUCCUGAACAUCGCCAACUAAGCUCAAACUACUCAGAACUCUUGAGUC